UAGUGCUAAUCAUGGAUGUUAAGUUACUGAAAGCCAACAAUAUUCCAAUUCAUCUUCCUCCUCGAAGGAAAGAAGCACACGCCAAAGGUUUAUGUAUUAUUUGCCUAACUACCACACUCGCGAUUGUAUGCUUCACAUUAGGAUUGUUUGUUCAUAUCUAUAAACCGACACAGCUUAUACUGGAUGACCGAUUGACAAUGCGACAGAGUAUGCCUUACUUCAAAUGGUGGAAAACGACAGACGACGUGCUGGUUACGUGUCGAAUAUUCAUCUUCAACGUCACCAACUCUGACCGCUGGAUGGACGGUCUAGAUGAUCAGCUCAUACUGGACGAAGUGGUUCCAAUCGUGUACCGUGAAAUAUUGGAGCACGACAACGUUACAUUUCAUGAGCACAAUUCCACAAUAUCCUACAUUACCAGGAGGCGCCUGAUGUUUUUGCCGGAUCGAAAUGUUCCAGGAAUAUUGAACAAAACGAUCGUUGUACCGAACAUAUCGUUGCUUGGUGUUGCUGCUAGAAUGGAAAACGACAGUUACCUCAUGAAGCGUGGGCUCCAGUUUAUUUACUCCAUAUCCGGCGAUUCGGUGUUCAGCCGGAUGACAAUUUACGACUACUUAUGGAAUACGAGGCCGCCAUUCUUGAACCAGGCCAGAAAGUUCGUCCCGGGUAUGGUUCCGUCAGAAAAUGUUGGUGUAUUAAAAACGAUGUACGAAGAUCAUGAAGAUCAUGUAAACGUGCGGUACGGUAAACAGUACGGUGACGAACAGUUUUUCAAGAUGAACACAUACGAGUACGAACCUACGGUGCCAGGAUUCAGUCUCGCCAAAGGUGAUUGCUUCGCUUCCAUUCAGAACUCAUCCGAGGGUGCCACGUAUCCACAAAACUUGGACGAACACUCGGUACUAAUUUACUGGCGCAAAACACUAUGCCGAGCAGUGCCACUGUACUUUGAUCGACAGGUGCAGAAAGGACCACUAACGGGGUACAAAUAUGUGCUGCCCGAUGAUUCGUACGAUCGAUUGCCGAACAGUACCGCUGAUUGCUAUAAAGGACAGUUUGGAUUGCUUGAGGAUGGCAUGACGGAUACGUCCAAAUGUUCCCAUGACGUUCCUAUUGUAGCGACGAGUCCACACUUUUAUGCACGCAAUUUCUCCACGGCGUACAAGAUAGCGGGUAUGAAACCCAACCGAGAACAGCAUCACAGCUACGCAAUAGUCGAUCCAUCCUUUGGCAUACCUUUGGAUCAAUGUGCCCGCACCCAGACUAAUCUUGCCAUUCCGACACUUACGAACUACCCAGCAGAAAUCAGGCGCUUCAGCGAUAUGAUCAUUCCAAUGUUCUGGAUUGAAUAUCAUCAAAGAGAACUGCCUACCUACAUCGUCCGAACACUGCAAGCAUUUCACGUGACACAAAGCAUCGAACCAUACUUGCCUUACGUGCUGUACCUGUCCUUCAUUUUGCUACUAACGGUUGCGUUCCGGGAAGCAGCACGCUAUAAAAUGCAGGGCAGGAUAUCACCGACAAAGUAUACGAAACCCAAACUGACCAGUCUGUAG